UUUAUUUAUAUUUUGACGUUCUCAAAAACGCGUUUUAUUUGUAAGGGAGUACAUAGACGGAGAAAAGCACGAUCCAGCGGAAGAAGCAACGCGGUAUGUGGUUUAUUAAAGCGCUGCUGACUGAAAAAGUGAAGUGUUUGUAAGCAGUGAUUUAGUUACUGUGUUUGUCGAGGGAAAUGGACUCCACGGAGAAAACCAGAACCUCAAAGCUUCUCGAUGAAAUAAACCAGAUUUAUCACGAUGUUAGAGAAGAGUCGAUGCAUUCAGAGACUCCUGGUGUGUCCGUGGAGAGGAUAGCGAUUCUGCUGAAAGAGAAAGCAGAAAGAGGAGAUCCACAAGCCGCCUUCCUCCUGGGACAGUUACACUACGAGGAGGGCCGCUACACAGAAGCAGAGGCCACCUUUGAAGGCAUUAAAGAUGAAGAUCCUCGAGCUCUGUAUCAACUGGCUGUCAUAUAUUACGAUGGCCUUGGAACCAAAGAAGACCUUGCCAAGGCAGUCGAGUACAUGAGAACGGUGGCGUUCUGGGAUCCGUCUGAAGUGGGUUGUAUCAGAUACGCAGCGCUGUAUAACCUGGGCCGGGCCUACCUGGAGGGCUUUGGUGUCGAGGCGUCCAGCUCUGAAGCAGAGCGGCUUUGGCUCCUGGCAGCUGAUGAUGGGAACCCGAACGCUAGUGUGAAAGCGCAGGCAUCUCUGGGCAUGUUUUACUGCAGACCAGAGACUCUGGACCUCAGAAAGGCGUUCUCGUGGCACUCGGAGGCAUGUGGUAACGGCAGCCUGGAGUCUCAGGGCACUCUAGGCGUCAUGUAUCUGUACGGUCAGGGCGUACAGAAGGACCCCGACGCUGCCCUGUUCUGCCUGAAGGAAGCGGCGGAGAGAGGAAGCGUCUACGCUCAGGGUCACCUGACGGCCUGCUACUACCACAGGAAGCUCUACUCCAGAGCGGCCGCCCUGGGAGAGAGAGUGUGCGGGUACGAGGACGUCAGCCUCAUUGCGCGGCACACGGACUGUCUGGAGGAGUACAUCGGGAAGGGCAUCGCUAUAGCCGCGUUUUACUACGCGCGCUGCCUUCAGCUGGGCCGAGGGGUCCUGAAGAACGGAGACAGAGCCAGGAGCUACUUCGCGCGGGCUGCCGGGAUCGAUCCGGAGAUCUGUAAGGAGCUGCAAAUGGACGUUGCGCACGGCAGGAUAUAAAUAACCGCAGAAAUCAUUUAACCUCAUUAAUGAAACUGAUGAAUAUACAGCUGCGCUCAUACAUUUGCAUUAAUCAGUUGCGCAGGAUAUGAAAAACGUUAAUCAUUUUAACAAAAUAAGAAAAUUGCAUGAUAUUUUUUAAUUAAUACUGUCCCGAAUAAGCUUUUUCACAUAACAGGUGUUUACAUAGUCACGUGCCAAAAUAAUAACUGAAAUGUAUUUUAAAAAAAUUGAAAAACCCCGUUUAAAAGUUAUCAUACCUUUGAAUCUUGAUACUGUGUGGAUUUAUGUAGCUUCCUCAGUGCCGAAGCAAUGUGAUCUUCAAACUAAAUAAUGUGAAAGAUUUGCACAUCAUCAUCCUGUUGAAAAGUUUUAAUGCAUUGUGUUGUUUUCUUGAGCAUCAGUAAAUGUUUUCAGCUUUUGUAAUAGUUAUGUAGGUCACCGAGAACAAGGUCAUUUUUAUGAAUUGAGUUUUUUUGUCUUGUGGAGUGUAUGUAAACAUCUGUUAGGUGAAAUAGCUUAUUCAGGACAGUAUUAAAUAUAAAAAGUUUAUUUGAUUCCUCUUAUUUUGUUUUAAUUAUUAACACAUUAUACAUUCUGCAAGGGGUAUUAAAACUUAUGAGCACAACUGUA